AGACCGCUGGGAUCAGAGCCCGCAAUGAAGUGUCAGCGGAUAUCAGCGUAAACCCAGAAAUUCAAAAUGGCGGCUGUCAUUAAAAUUUGUAGAGCUUUCUUUUCUUCAAAUACAGCGCUGUAUUUUCCAAGAAGAGCACCGCAACCUAAGGGUGUUAAUACAAGUGUCCAAACAUCGACCACCGAGAAAUAUUUCACCUAUGAAAUCAAGCCAGAGCGACUUCAACAGAUUCAGAAGUCUCCCAGUGGUUGGGUUCCUUCAGCUACUGAAAAACCAAACUUACCUUUCUUCAUUAAAAGAUCCAAAUACAACAAUCUUCCAGUAUACACAGAUUACAAGAAUGCGAGAAGUCGUAAGAUCACUAUAAUAAGGAAAAUAAAAGGAGACCUUAAGGUAAGACUUUUGCAGCCCCCC